AUGUUGGGAGUUAUCAAGGUAUCCGCCAUUCCUACUCCCGCUCGCCAGGCGAGGAGUCUCGAAGCUCGCAGCAAUGUGCCUCCUAUGACACCGCCAAUGCAUGAUGCGAAAACCGCUAAACUACGAUCAGCGGGGCUCGCCGUGCAUCGACCACAACUCACCUUACCAUCUACAAUCGCCAACAAGCUAUGUCCAUCGCCUAGUCCAACUGCUAGGGACUUGUCCAGCAUCCCUGGAGAUACCCUUCUAAAACGCGAGGCAAAUGUCGAUGCGGUUGCGAUCCCGGACGGUGCAAAAAUCGAGCGACGUUCCCCACGUUCGUUCCUGGAUCAACCAGCAUUGCAAAGCCCUACUACUGGUUUGGUUCAACCCGAUCAAGUUAGCACAGGGAGUCGCGAACGAUCAUCGGGGACGUGUGGGGGUGCAGUCUGGACAGAUCGGCAUCUCAGGGCCAUCCUCAAUCAACAGGAUCCUGAACUUUUAGGGAGAGCUGUGGCCCGAUCAGUAGAGGUCUUGAAUGAAUUGCAAGAGAAAUUCUCGCGGUAUGCGGCAUCGAACGUGGACGCGCAAUCAUGGAAGCAAGCCAUCCAGAAGCUCAUACCGCAAGCGGGGCGGACACGGACGGUGAUCGGUGUGGUCGGCAACACCGGCGCCGGCAAAAGCAGUGUGAUCAAUGCCGUGCUGAACGAGGAAAAUCUCGUACCGACUAACUGCAUGCGUGCAUGUACAGCUGUCGUGACAGAAAUAUCAUGGAACGACAGCAUGGAUCCAUCCGCUACGUAUCGUGCGGAGAUUGAGUUUAUUGAUCGGGCAGACUGGGAGGAGGAACUCACAGUCUUGAUGAAGGACUUUCUGACUGAAGACGGCGCAGUUUCGCGUGGCAUCUACGAGUCGGACUCAGAUGCUGGUAUCGCAUGGGCCAAAUUCCAAUCGGUCUAUCCGAAGCUACCCAGGGACUCGCUGAAUCAAUACAAGGUCUCCGAUCUGAUGACGAAGACCGAUGUUUUGAGCAUCCUAGGAACCACGAAAACGAUAGAAACAGCUCAGGCAAGUAGUUUCUACCAACAGCUUCAGCAUUACGUGGAUAGUAGGGAGAAAUGCAACAAGAAGGGCAGGGGCAACGACGGUGGUAGGACGAAGACGACCAAGAACACAGAGAUGGAAUAUUGGCCGCUGAUCAAGGUCGUGAGGAUUUACACGAAAAGUCCUGCGCUGUCCACAGGUGCUGUCAUUGUGGACUUGCCUGGUGUACACGAUUCCAACGCAGCACGGGCUGCUGUUGCUCAAGGCUACCUGAAGCAUUGUGGUGGAUUAUGGAUCGUGGCUCCCAUCGGCCGCGCAGUGGAUGAUAAGGCUGCGAAGACUCUCCUCGGAGGUUCCUUCAGGCGGCAACUCAAGUGCGAUGCUGGCUUCUCCAGUGUUACGUUCAUAUGCUCGAAGACAGAUGACAUAUCAGUUACUGAGGCUAUCAACAGUCUAGAGCUAGACGGGACAGCAGAGCUUGAAGAACUGGGCGCCGAAAACAGGACCAGCAUCAAAGGAAUCGAAGAUAAGAUCAAAAGUCUUAGAGAAUCGCAGCAAGCUUGCCAAGCCGCUUUAUCCAGAACGCUCAAGGACAUGGAGAUCUGGGAAGAGCUUCAAGAACAACUAGACGACGGUAAGAAGGUGUAUGCUCCGGUGGGUGAGACCAGCAAGCGCCUCAAGGGUUAUAAGAAGGACUCAGCAAGGAAGCGAAGGCGCGUAUCUGAGGAAGAAUCGGACGAGAAUUGGGUUCCUCCUGACGACGAUGGAACCGAUGAUGACAACGGACUCGAGAUCGCACUUUCAGA